AUGAUGGGGUCAGUAUCCGGAACCGUUUGCGUAACAGGAGCUUCUGGUUUCAUCGGGUCAUGGCUUGUUAUGAGACUCAUGGAGCGUGGCUACACCGUUCGAGCCACCGUGCGUGACCCAGGGAACACGAAGAAGGUGAAGCAUUUGUUGGAGCUGCCAGGUGCAAAGACGAAACUGUCUCUGUGGAAGGCUGAGCUCGGUGAAGAGGGAAGCUUUGAUGAAGCCAUCAAAGGGUGCAGUGGGGUUUUUCAUGUGGCAACCCCUAUGGACUUUGAGUCCAAGGACCCUGAGAAUGAAGUGAUAAAGCCUACUAUAAACGGAAUUCUGGACAUCAUGAAAGCAUGCUUGAAGGCAAAAACAGUGCGAAGGCUUGUAUUUACAUCGUCAGCAGGAACCCUUAACAUUAAUGAGAACCAAAAGCCCGUUAUUGACGAAAGCUGCUGGAGUGACGUUGAGUUUUGUCGGAGCGUUAAGAUGACUGGUUGGAUGUAUUUUGUUUCUAAAACACUGGCUGAGAAAGAAGCAUGGAAAUUUGCCAAAGAUCAUGGCAUGGACUUCAUCACUAUCAUUCCACCACUUGUUGUUGGUCCCUUUCUGAUGCCAACAAUGCCACCUAGCCUAAUCACUGCUCUUUCCCCCAUCACAGGAAAUGAGGGCCAUUAUUCGAUCAUAAAGCAAGGUCAAUUCGUGCACUUAGAUGAUCUCUGUCUGGCUCACAUAUUUUUGUUUGAACAACCAAAAGUAGAAGGGAGGUACAUAUGCAGUGCAUGUGACACUACUAUUCAUCACAUUGCCAAACUGAUCAACGAAAAAUACCCUGAGUACAAUGUCCCCACCAAGUUCAAGAACAUACCAGAUGAACUGGAGCUUGUGAGAUUUUCUUCGAAGAAGAUCACAGACUUGGGAUUCCAAUUUAAGUACGGCUUAGAGGAAAUGUACUGUGGAGCAAUUGACUCGUGCAGAGAUAAAGGGCUUCUUCCUAAACCUGCACAAGGUAGUGUCAUUCAGAAAGCAGAAACUUCACUACGUAGUGUCAUUCAGAAAGCAGAAACUCCAAGUGGCAUCAUUCAGAACUAA